AUGUCAAAUACGAGGAUAAUCCGCAUAUGCAUUUUGGUUUUAAGCACAUUUAUGCUCAGCACCAUCGUGCGUCAAAUGUGUAAAGAGAAAGGCUGCUUGGAAACUGAGCUCUUUUAUGUCAUACCUACAAACACUCGAUGCAAAUGGCCUCCAAGUGUUCUUGAAGACAUUGGCUUGGGUGGGCUUGGAUACAACAUAACGAUAUGCGUGCGAGUGAACCCCAAAGCGAAGAGUAGGAAUGCAUUAAAAUCCUAUCAUCUGAGGGACCUCUUUCAAAGUAUCGGAACACUACGCAUGGUUUCAUUUGGGGUUCUCAAAAAGUUACCUCGAAGAUUCUGGAAGCUGGUGAAGUACCCACAGGUGUACUACACGUAUCCGCAGGAUGUUCCGUUGAAGCUAAUCGUCAAGGCCAUCAAAACCGGUUUCCCCGUCUCUGAUAUACCACAGUACAAUUUUCCCAUCCGCAUCCUGAAAACAAGCACAAAGGUCUGUUCAAACAACACCAAACACGACCUCGUCAUUGUGGUGAAAAGUGGCAAUCUCGGAUGGGAUGCGAGAACGGCGUUUCGUGCAUUCAUGCAACGCGAGAGCGCCCGUUACCCAAAGCUCAAGGUGGGAGUCGUCUUCAGUCUCGGAUUGCCACGCAAACGCGGUGGCAGAUUAUUCAAUCGCGACGGCAAUAUCAUCAGCCUGCCCGGGAGCAGCGGUGACAUGCUCGACCAAUUCGAUGGCAAGGAAGAUGUUGUGAUGGAACGCAUCAACAAGGAAAUCGACGAUUACGACGACAUAGUGCUGGCCGACUACGAGGACACGUAUUACAACUUGACGUGGAAGACCGUCACAAACCUGCGAUGGCUGUCAGCAUUCUGCAACAAAUAUCAAGCCAACACAUUCAUGAUCAUCGACGAUGAUCAUCGCGUGAAUCUGUCCAUGGUGGCACAGUUUCUCAAAAGUGUUUCAACCGAGACAAUGAGAAAGUCCAUUUUCGGAUUCAUUGCGAAACGCGACAAGGCCCUUAGAUCGCCAUCAGCGAAGUGGUACCUGUCGUACCGUGAAUUCCCAUGGGAUUUGAUGUACCAGUAUCCCCGAGGAUUUUUGCAAUUCAUAGGAGCUGACAUCGUCGACGACAUGGCCAUCGCGAGUGCAUACACGCGGUACAAUUAUGCACCGGAGGAUGUGUUUCUCGGAAUGAUGGCAUUUAAACUGGGCAUCAGUAUGUACAAUGUGGAUGCAAUGUGUGAUCACGGUAAAUGUGAUGAGGAGAACAGGGCGAAGCGUCCCGACUCGAAGCCAAUUGGCGUGCAUUUUGAACAUCUCUCCACACAGUAG